AUGAGACUCACCGUUCGCGAUACCAAGGAGGAGGUCGGCAACUACAUCGCUGAGUACAUUGUCAAGCGAAUCAACAGCUUUAAAGCCUCCAAGGAGAAGCCUCACUUCGUGCUCGGUCUCCCAACGGGAAGCAGCCCUUUACCGGUCUACAAGCGGAUCGUCAAGCUGCACGAGGAGGGCAAAGUGUCGUUCAAGAACGUCAUCACGUUCAAUAUGGACGAAUACGUCGGUAUCCCUCGGGACCACCCCGAGUCUUACCACACCUUCAUGUUCAAGCACUUCUUCUCUCUCAUCGAUAUCGACCCCAAGAACACGCACUUGCUCGAUGGAAACGCGGAGGAUCUGUACAAGGAGUGCGAGGACUACGAGGCGGCCAUCAAGGCUGUCGGGGGUAUUGAUCUGUUCCUAGGCGGGAUCGGCGCAGAUGGUCAUAUCGCUUUCAAUGAGCCCGGCUCCUCCCUCACUUCCCGCACCCGCAUCAAGACCCUCGCAUACGAGACCAUCCUCGACAACUGCCGUUUCUUCAACAAUGACCUCUCAGCGGUGCCCCGGAUGGCACUCACGGUGGGCGUGCAGACAGUCAUGGACGCCAGGGAGGUGGUGCUGGUGGUCACGGGCCAGAACAAGGCUUUGGCGCUGAGCCAGAUGAUCGAGGGAGGGGUCAACCAUAUGGUCACUGCCAGUGCGCUGCAGACGCACCCGUGGGCUUUGGUGGUAUGCGACGAGGACGCGACGAAUGAGCUCCGGGUCAAGACGGUCAAGUACUUCAAGUCGAUCGAGCGGGUUCAGGACGAAGUGGAGGCCAAGUAUGGGUCAGCGACGAGCUCGAGGUUGGGGCUGCACAAGGCUACGGCGGCUGUCGUCCAACAGCUAUACAUCAUUAGCAGAGUUCAAAGACGCAUAUAA